CCCCGGCCGGACACGGCGCCCGGGGCGGAGAUGGCGGACGAGCCCCAGAAGAAGCCGCACUUAGUGGGGCACACCAAUGGGCUCACCAAGCCCGCCUCGCUGGCCGCCGCCACCCGCGCCGCGGGAGGAGGUGGUGGCGGAGGCGGGGGAGGUGCGACCGCCCCCUCCAAGAAACUCGUGAUCAAGAACUUCAGAGAAAGACCCAAAUUACCAGAUAAUUAUACUCAGGACACCUGGCAAAAACUUCAUGAAGCGGUGGGAGCCAUACAGAGUAGCAUUUCUAUUAAAUACAACCUUGAAGAGCUUUACCAGGCUGUUGAAAAUCUCUGUUCUUACAAAGUCUCCGCUACACUGUACAAACAGCUGCGACAAGUCUGUGAAGAUCAUGUGAAAGCACAAAUCCUUCAAUUUAGAGAAGAUUCUCUGGAUAGUCUUUUAUUUUUAAAGAAGAUAAAUAAAUGCUGGCAAGAUCAUUGCAGACAAAUGAUCAUGAUCAGAAGCAUUUUUUUAUUUUUGGAUCGUACAUACGUACUUCAGAAUUCAAUGCUUCCUUCUAUAUGGGAUAUGGGGCUAGAGUUAUUUAGAAAUCAUGUAAUUAGUGACAAGCAAGUUCAAAACAAGGCUAUUGAUGGAAUACUCCUUCUGAUCGAGCAAGAACGAAAUGGUGAAGCGGUGGACAGAAGUUUGCUGCGGAGUUUGUUGAGCAUGCUGUCUGAUCUACAGGUUUACAAGGAAUCGUUUGAACAGAGGUUCCUGGAAGAGACAAAUUGUUUGUAUGCUGCAGAAGGCCAAAGAUUAAUGCAGGAAAGAGAGGUCCCAGAAUAUCUUCACCAUGUUAAUAAACGUUUGGAAGAAGAAGGAGACAGAGUAAUAACAUAUUUAGACCACAGCACACAGAAACCACUGAUUGCUUGCGUGGAGAAACAGCUACUAGGAGAACACUUAACAGCUAUUUUGCAAAAAGGACUUGAUAAUCUGCUCGAUGAAAACAGAAUAUCAGAUUUAACCCAGACAUACCAGCUGUUCAGCAGGGUAAAAGGUGGGCAGCAGAUCCUUUUGCAACAUUGGAGUGAAUACAUCAAGAACUUUGGGACAACAAUAGUGGUUAAUCCUGAAAAAGACAAGGAUAUGGUGCAAGAGCUACUAGAUUUUAAGGAUAAAGUGGACCAUAUCAUAGAAGUGUGCUUUCAGAAAAAUGAAAAAUUUAUAAACUUGAUGAAGGAGUCCUUUGAAACAUUUAUCAACAAGAGACCAAAUAAGCCUGCAGAAUUGAUAGCAAAAUAUGUGGAUUCCAAGUUAAGAGCUGGUAAUAAAGAAGCAACAGAUGAAGAGCUGGAAAGAAUCCUUGACAAAAUCAUGAUUAUAUUUAGAUUCAUUCAUGGGAAAGACGUGUUUGAGGCAUUUUAUAAGAAAGACUUGGCCAAAAGACUGCUGGUUGGAAAAAGUGCAUCAGUAGAUGCUGAGAAGUCCAUGUUGUCAAAGCUUAAACAUGAAUGUGGUGCUGCUUUUACCAGCAAACUGGAGGGCAUGUUCAAGGACAUGGAACUGUCAAAAGAUAUCAUGGUUCAGUUUAAGCAGUAUAUGCAGAACCAAAGUGACCCAGGAAAUAUAGACCUGACAGUAAAUAUAUUAACUAUGGGAUACUGGCCAACUUACACACCUAUGGAAGUCCACUUAAAUUCAGAGAUGAUAAAGCUUCAAGAGGUGUUUAAAACCUUCUACCUGGGAAAACACAGUGGUCGAAAGCUUCAGUGGCAGACCACUUUAGGACAUGCUGUACUAAAGGCGGAAUUUAAGGAAGGAAAGAAAGAAUUUCAAGUAUCGCUCUUUCAGACAUUAGUGUUGCUUAUGUUUAAUGAAGGAGAUGAAUUCAGUUUCGAAGAAAUUAAAAUGGCCACUGGUGUAGAGGACAGUGAAUUAAGAAGAACCUUGCAGUCUUUAGCUUGUGGAAAAGCACGGGUAUUGAUUAAAAAUCCAAAGGGCAAGGAUGUAGAAGAUGGAGAUAAAUUCAUCUUUAAUGGUGAUUUCAAGCACAAGCUGUUUAGAAUAAAGAUCAACCAAAUCCAGAUGAAAGAAACAGUCGAGGAACAGGUCAGCACAACCGAAAGAGUAUUUCAAGACAGGCAAUACCAGAUUGAUGCUGCAAUCGUACGAAUAAUGAAGAUGAGAAAGACUCUUGGUCAUAAUCUCCUUGUUUCUGAGUUGUAUAAUCAACUGAAAUUUCCUGUAAAGCCUGGAGACUUGAAAAAGAGGAUUGAAUCUCUCAUUGACAGAGACUAUAUGGAGAGAGACAAAGACAACCCUAAUCAGUACCACUAUGUUGCUUAAUGGAGAAGAAAUCCUUUUAUUAAAAAAACCCUGAAAUAAUAAUAAAAAAAAUCCAAAAAAUAAAAACAAAAAUCAUGCAUAUUAUAUCUUCAGGACACCAAAUACCUAUGCUGUUCCAGACUUUCCUUUUAGCAGGUUUCAGGUUGAUGUAUAUUAUUCAACCAGCUGCAUGCACUGCUGUGGAAAAGAAGCAAAAUGACAUGUUAAUUGAUCAUCCUCAUCAGGACUAAAAUUAAGUAUCAUGUUUUUAUUUCUUUUAGUUACUCUCUUGUUCUUUUGGGUUCUUCAAAAUUUAGUUUUGUAAUUUUGUUUAACAGUGUCAUUGAAGUUGGAUGGAAAGGUAAAAUUACCUGUGUGAGAAAUACUUUGUGAUUGAUGCAAGUCUGGGUUCUUCAUUUAUGUGUUCCUAACUGCAUCCGUAAAGACCCUAUAUGCUGCAUUCUUUAGCUACAGUGACAACUGGGGUAACUUUUUAAAACCCUUUAUUGAUGAACACUUAUGUACAAGCAGUGUUAUUGAUAUACACUGACUUUUUGAAAUUACACACCAUAAAACCCGUUCACCUUGUGUUCAGUUAAUUUUCUUUCAAAUGACUAUGAGCUUCAGUCUGGUUUGGACAAAUCAGGUUUUGAAGUGAGAUCCUUGAAGUGCCAAGAGGACAACCACAUUCAUGUGUGUAGUGAGUUGUUGGAUUAUUUAGCUAAGAUAUGGAUUAUCAUUUUAUUACUACUUCUGCUGGUUUGGGUGGCAAAGAUUAGAUCUGCGUCAAGAGCCCUACCUCAUUUUAGGGCAACGGGUGUUUAUCACUUUAUGUAACAGCUGUAACAUUUAGUUUUGCCUUGAGAAUAAUGUACAGGGAACCUACUGUACAGUGUGCUCCACUUGAAAAAAGAAAACCCCUUUUUUAAAAAAGACUUUUAUGGUCUCAAUAUUGUGAAAGCAUAGUUUUUUUGUCUUGAAAGACUAAGGAUUUUGUGAGUACUUUGUUUCAUAUUGUAUAUAUGUAAGCUGAUUUGAAUUCAAGAAUGAAAGACACUGUAGAUCUGUUAGAUAACUGUAACCAUAAGGAAGACAUCUUUUGUGGUAAUACUUGCAAAAAGACUGUUUAUUUUUCUGGAUUUGCAUACUGGUGUGUUUAAUUCUUAAAAAGAGCUACAAAAGGAGUUUUGAUCAUGGCAUAAAUGAGAAUGUAACUGAGCAAUAUUUUGUCUUGAGAGAUACCAUACUGAGUUUACGUAAUACAGGGUUUGUGCAUCAAUUAAAAGGCUACCACCUCUUCUUAAAGUAAACAUCGCUGAGAGUUGACAUCUUGUGGAUGUACAUCUGAAAGUCCUUAUUUUGUCACCCGGUGUCACUAAUUGUAUUACAUUCUUCCGAAUUAUUUUUGUCCCCUUUGUGUUUAGAAACUAAACACAUUUAGUUUAUUGUAUUUAAAGCAUAUUUAAUAUUGUAAUUUAAUGUAGACUUAUUUUAAUAUUUGAAUCUUCAGUUAAUGCAAAUAAAAUCUUUGAUGCGUAUUAAAUAUUAA